CAACACAUUGCGCAGCAGCAUGCAGGCAACAUGAAGCGCGCCGAGCGCAACAGGGCACUGCAGGUGCGUGGAUGGGGGAAGAGAUUCCCCCCUCCCAGUUUUUCAACUUCCCCUCAUUACGCGCGGAGGGUGGGAGGGGGAGAGGCAGGGGGGGGCGACAGGGGUACGAGGGCGGGGGAGGGGGACGAGGGGGAGGGCGCGGAGGGGGGUUCGGGGGCGGGAUGGGGGGGAUGGGGGGGGGGAAUGGGGGCUGGUGUGAGUGAAGCAGCAGUGCUGGCAGCAAGUAUAGAGUCGGCUCAGUUGGAACGGGCUUUAAGGGAAUCAGUUGCUAUAGCAGGAACAGGAGAGUCUGCUGCUUCUACUGCUGCUGGAGGUCGGGAGGGGGAAGGGUCUUCUCAGCACAAGCAGCAGCAGCAGCAGUCACGGAGAAGAGGAGGGGGGCCUAGUGGUGUGCUACAGCCAGGCGCGUUUCCAAAGCUAGGGGAGGAGAGAGUGGUGAAGGAUAACUGGGAAGAGGAAUACGAGGAGAAGAAGCAGCAGCAGGACGAGAAAACUCCCUCCCAGCAGCAGCAGCCGCAGCCGCAGCAGCAGCAGAGCAGCAAGGAAAGCCGGCUGAAGCAACGAGUCGGGGACAUAUCCAGUGAGGAAAAAGAAGCGCUUCGUGCAGCAAACAAGGCCCUGAUAGAGGAUAUCAAAUCUGGGCUGGGCGGCGCGGGCAACGGCAGCGCUGGGUUCGAAGAUUUCAAGGAUAAGUCCAGUAAAUGGCGGGCAGGAGAGAUGCUGACUGUGGUGUACUACGCGCAUGUGUGCCGGCUUGGUUUGUCCCAUCUGGUGCCGCGGCUGGCGAUGCUUUGUCCGGAUGUGCCCAAGAGAGAGGAGCUUCAGAAGGUGCAUGCUGCCAGGCAGGCCGCAACUGGGGGGGCUGCAAGUGCAAGUGCUUCAAAUGCCUCUAGUGCGUCUCAUUCCGCUCAAGCCUCGUUGCAAAGCGCGUCGUUGCUAAAAGCGGAUGCUGGGCGCGGGAGCGGAGGGGGCGGGGGAGGGAAAGGAGAGGGGGAUGUGGGUGGGAGGGGGGCGAGGGGUGGUGGGGGCGGAGGAAGGGAAGGGAGGGAGCAUGAGAAGGGGGGAAAGGGUGCCGGGAAGGAGAAGCAGAAGCAGAAGGAGAAGGAAAAGGAGCAGGAGAGCAUGCAAGGGAUGGGAGACGAAGGGAAGAAGGAAUACAGAUCACGAGCAGCAUCGCUCUCUCACUCUCACUCCCUGCAUGCAUCGAUGUCUGCUCCUGAGCUUGCAUCCAUGGUUGUCCCACCCGCUGCUUAUGCUCCCUCCGCUGCUUUUCCUGCUCUCGCCCCAGCUCCCUCGCGCUUUCAAAAGCAAUCAGGGGCAGGAGGAGCAGCAGGGGGGGGAGGACGAGGGGGAGCGGGAGCGCACCUACACCUCCUCAACCCACUCCCCCUCGCCGCAUCAGCAGCACCACCAGCAUUGCAACCAGCGCAGCGGAAAGCAGGCGGGGGAGCAGGGGAAGGGGGUGGCGCGGGGGGAGCGGGGCGGGGCAAGGGCAAGGGGCGGAAGAACAAGGGGGUGACGCAACACAUUGCGCAGCAGCAUGCAGGCAACAUGAAGCGCGCCGAGCGCAACAGGGCACUGCAGAUUCCCCCCUCCCAGUUUUUCAACUUCCCCUCAUUACGCGCGGAGGGUGGGAGGGGGAGAGGCAGGGGGGGGCGACAGGGGUACGAGGGCGGGGGAGGGGGACGAGGGGGAGGGCGCGGAGGGGGGUUCGGGGGCGGGAUGGGGGGGAUGGGGGGGGGAAUGGGGGCUGGUGUGAGUGAAGCAGCAGUGCUGGCAGCAAGUAUAGAGUCGGCUCAGUUGGAACGGGCUUUAAGGGAAUCAGUUGCUAUAGCAGGAACAGGAGAGUCUGCUGCUUCUACUGCUGCUGGAGGUCGGGAGGGGGAAGGGUCUUCUCAGCACAAGCAGCAGCAGCAGCAGUCACGGAGAAGAGGAGGGGGGCCUAGUGGUGUGCUACAGCCAGGCGCGUUUCCAAAGCUAGGGGAGGAGAGAGUGGUGAAGGAUAACUGGGAAGAGGAAUACGAGGAGAAGAAGCAGCAGCAGGACGAGAAAACUCCCUCCCAGCAGCAGCAGCCGCAGCCGCAGCAGCAGCAGAGCAGCAAGGAAAGCCGGCUGAAGCAACGAGUCGGGGACAUAUCCAGUGAGGAAAAAGAAGCGCUUCGUGCAGCAAACAAGGCCCUGAUAGAGGAUAUCAAAUCUGGGCUGGGCGGCGCGGGCAACGGCAGCGCUGGGUUCGAAGAUUUCAAGGAUAAGUCCAGUAAAUGGCGGGCAGGAGAGAUGCUGACUGUGGUGUACUACGCGCAUGUGUGCCGGCUUGGUUUGUCCCAUCUGGUGCCGCGGCUGGCGAUGCUUUGUCCGGAUGUGCCCAAGAGAGAGGAGCUUCAGAAGGUGCAUGCUGCCAGGCAGGCCGCAACUGGGGGGGCUGCAAGUGCAAGUGCUUCAAAUGCCUCUAGUGCGUCUCAUUCCGCUCAAGCCUCGUUGCAAAGCGCGUCGUUGCUAAAAGCGGAUGCUGGGCGCGGGAGCGGAGGGGGCGGGGGAGGGAAAGGAGAGGGGGAUGUGGGUGGGAGGGGGGCGAGGGGUGGUGGGGGCGGAGGAAGGGAAGGGAGGGAGCAUGAGAAGGGGGGAAAGGGUGCCGGGAAGGAGAAGCAGAAGCAGAAGGAGAAGGAAAAGGAGCAGGAGAGCAUGCAAGGGAUGGGAGACGAAGGGAAGAAGGAAUACAGAUCACGAGCAGCAUCGCUCUCUCACUCUCACUCCCUGCAUGCAUCGAUGUCUGCUCCUGAGCUUGCAUCCAUGGUUGUCCCACCCGCUGCUUAUGCUCCCUCCGCUGCUUUUCCUGCUCUCGCCCCAGCUCCCUCGCGCUUUCAAAAGCAAUCAGGGGCAGGAGGAGCAGCAGGGGGGGGAGGACGAGGGGGAGCGGGAGCGGUGGGAGGCGGUGGGGAGUGGUCAUGCAGUGUGUGUACGCUGAUCAACUCUGCUAAAUCCGUCCGCUGCUCUGUCUGCGGCUCUCUCCCCCCCACCGCUCCCUCUGCACCAUCCCCUCUCCCUUCAUCCGCAGCACCUACACCUCCUCAACCCACUCCCCCUCGCCGCAUCAGCAGCACCACCAGCAUUGCAACCAGCGCAGCGGAAGCAGGCGGGGGAGCAGGGGAAGGGGGUGGCGCGGGGGGAGCGGGGCGGGGCAAGGGCAAGGGGCGGAAGAACAAGGGGGUGACGGUGCGACUGGGUGACGGGUCUGCUGCUGCGUUGUUUGCGCGCCUGGAUGGGACAGAACCUCAGGGAAAUCCCAGGAGUGCUUGGAAAAAAUAUAACCUUACCGUCGUCUCCCUCCCUACUUCCUUCCCCCCCUUCUUCCCCCUCUUCUCCCCCCCUUCUUCCCCCCCUUUCUCCCCCUCUGCCCAACACAUUGCGCAGCAGCAUGCAGGCAACAUGAAGCGCGCCGAGCGCAACAGGGCACUGCAGAUUCCCCCCUCCCAGUUUUUCAACUUCCCCUCAUUACGCGCGGAGGGUGGGAGGGGGAGAGGCAGGGGGGGGCGACAGGGGUACGAGGGCGGGGGAGGGGGACGAGGGGGAGGGCGCGGAGGGGGGUUCGGGGGCGGGAUGGGGGGGAUGGGGGGGGGAAUGGGGGCUGGUGUGAGUGAAGCAGCAGUGCUGGCAGCAAGUAUAGAGUCGGCUCAGUUGGAACGGGCUUUAAGGGAAUCAGUUGCUAUAGCAGGAACAGGAGAGUCUGCUGCUUCUACUGCUGCUGGAGGUCGGGAGGGGGAAGGGUCUUCUCAGCACAAGCAGCAGCAGCAGCAGUCACGGAGAAGAGGAGGGGGGCCUAGUGGUGUGCUACAGCCAGGCGCGUUUCCAAAGCUAGGGGAGGAGAGAGUGGUGAAGGAUAACUGGGAAGAGGAAUACGAGGAGAAGAAGCAGCAGCAGGACGAGAAAACUCCCUCCCAGCAGCAGCAGCCGCAGCCGCAGCAGCAGCAGAGCAGCAAGGAAAGCCGGCUGAAGCAACGAGUCGGGGACAUAUCCAGUGAGGAAAAAGAAGCGCUUCGUGCAGCAAACAAGGCCCUGAUAGAGGAUAUCAAAUCUGGGCUGGGCGGCGCGGGCAACGGCAGCGCUGGGUUCGAAGAUUUCAAGGAUAAGUCCAGUAAAUGGCGGGCAGGAGAGAUGCUGACUGUGGUGUACUACGCGCAUGUGUGCCGGCUUGGUUUGUCCCAUCUGGUGCCGCGGCUGGCGAUGCUUUGUCCGGAUGUGCCCAAGAGAGAGGAGCUUCAGAAGGUGCAUGCUGCCAGGCAGGCCGCAACUGGGGGGGCUGCAAGUGCAAGUGCUUCAAAUGCCUCUAGUGCGUCUCAUUCCGCUCAAGCCUCGUUGCAAAGCGCGUCGUUGCUAAAAGCGGAUGCUGGGCGCGGGAGCGGAGGGGGCGGGGGAGGGAAAGGAGAGGGGGAUGUGGGUGGGAGGGGGGCGAGGGGUGCACCUACACCUCCUCAACCCACUCCCCCUCGCCGCAUCAGCAGCACCACCAGCAUUGCAACCAGCGCAGCGGAAGCAGGCGGGGGAGCAGGGGAAGGGGGUGGCGCGGGGGGAGCGGGGCGGGGCAAGGGCAAGGGGCGGAAGAACAAGGGGGUGACGCAACACAUUGCGCAGCAGCAUGCAGGCAACAUGAAGCGCGCCGAGCGCAACAGGGCACUGCAGAUUCCCCCCUCCCAGUUUUUCAACUUCCCCUCAUUACGCGCGGAGGGUGGGAGGGGGAGAGGCAGGGGGGGGCGACAGGGGUACGAGGGCGGGGGAGGGGGACGAGGGGGAGGGCGCGGAGGGGGGUUCGGGGGCGGGAUGGGGGGGAUGGGGGGGGGAAUGGGGGCUGGUGUGAGUGAAGCAGCAGUGCUGGCAGCAAGUAUAGAGUCGGCUCAGUUGGAACGGGCUUUAAGGGAAUCAGUUGCUAUAGCAGGAACAGGAGAGUCUGCUGCUUCUACUGCUGCUGGAGGUCGGGAGGGGGAAGGGUCUUCUCAGCACAAGCAGCAGCAGCAGCAGUCACGGAGAAGAGGAGGGGGGCCUAGUGGUGUGCUACAGCCAGGCGCGUUUCCAAAGCUAGGGGAGGAGAGAGUGGUGAAGGAUAACUGGGAAGAGGAAUACGAGGAGAAGAAGCAGCAGCAGGACGAGAAAACUCCCUCCCAGCAGCAGCAGCCGCAGCCGCAGCAGCAGCAGAGCAGCAAGGAAAGCCGGCUGAAGCAACGAGUCGGGGACAUAUCCAGUGAGGAAAAAGAAGCGCUUCGUGCAGCAAACAAGGCCCUGAUAGAGGAUAUCAAAUCUGGGCUGGGCGGCGCGGGCAACGGCAGCGCUGGGUUCGAAGAUUUCAAGGAUAAGUCCAGUAAAUGGCGGGCAGGAGAGAUGCUGACUGUGGUGUACUACGCGCAUGUGUGCCGGCUUGGUUUGUCCCAUCUGGUGCCGCGGCUGGCGAUGCUUUGUCCGGAUGUGCCCAAGAGAGAGGAGCUUCAGAAGGUGCAUGCUGCCAGGCAGGCCGCAACUGGGGGGGCUGCAAGUGCAAGUGCUUCAAAUGCCUCUAGUGCGUCUCAUUCCGCUCAAGCCUCGUUGCAAAGCGCGUCGUUGCUAAAAGCGGAUGCUGGGCGCGGGAGCGGAGGGGGCGGGGGAGGGAAAGGAGAGGGGGAUGUGGGUGGGAGGGGGGCGAGGGGUGGUGGGGGCGGAGGAAGGGAAGGGAGGGAGCAUGAGAAGGGGGGAAAGGGUGCCGGGAAGGAGAAGCAGAAGCAGAAGGAGAAGGAAAAGGAGCAGGAGAGCAUGCAAGGGAUGGGAGACGAAGGGAAGAAGGAAUACAGAUCACGAGCAGCAUCGCUCUCUCACUCUCACUCCCUGCAUGCAUCGAUGUCUGCUCCUGAGCUUGCAUCCAUGGUUGUCCCACCCGCUGCUUAUGCUCCCUCCGCUGCUUUUCCUGCUCUCGCCCCAGCUCCCUCGCGCUUUCAAAAGCAAUCAGGGGCAGGAGGAGCAGCAGGGGGGGGAGGACGAGGGGGAGCGGGAGCGGUGGGAGGCGGUGGGGAGUGGUCAUGCAGUGUGUGUACGCUGAUCAACUCUGCUAAAUCCGUCCGCUGCUCUGUCUGCGGCUCUCUCCCCCCCACCGCUCCCUCUGCACCAUCCCCUCUCCCUUCAUCCGCAGCACCUACACCUCCUCAACCCACUCCCCCUCGCCGCAUCAGCAGCACCACCAGCAUUGCAACCAGCGCAGCGGAAGCAGGCGGGGGAGCAGGGGAAGGGGGGUGGCGCGGGGGGAGCGGGGCGGGGCAAGGGCAAGGGGCGGAAGAACAAGGGGGUGACGCAACACAUUGCGCAGCAGCAUGCAGGCAACAUGAAGCGCGCCGAGCGCAACAGGGCACUGCAGUUUUUCAACUUCCCCUCAUUACGCGCGGAGGGUGGGAGGGGGAGAGGCAGGGGGGGGCGACAGGGGUACGAGGGCGGGGGAGGGGGACGAGGGGGAGGGCGCGGAGGGGGGUUCGGGGGCGGGAUGGGGGGGAUGGGGGGGGGAAUGGGGCUGGUGUGAGUGAAGCAGCAGUGCUGGCAGCAAGUAUAGAGUCGGCUCAGUUGGAACGGGCUUUAAGGGAAUCAGUUGCUAUAGCAGGAACAGGAGAGUCUGCUGCUUCUACUGCUGCUGGAGGUCGGGAGGGGGAAGGGUCUUCUCAGCACAAGCAGCAGCAGCAGCAGUCACGGAGAAGAGGAGGGGGGCCUAGUGGUGUGCUACAGCCAGGCGCGUUUCCAAAGCUAGGGGAGGAGAGAGUGGUGAAGGAUAACUGGGAAGAGGAAUACGAGGAGAAGAAGCAGCAGCAGGACGAGAAAACUCCCUCCCAGCAGCAGCAGCCGCAGCCGCAGCAGCAGCAGAGCAGCAAGGAAAGCCGGCUGAAGCAACGAGUCGGGGACAUAUCCAGUGAGGAAAAAGAAGCGCUUCGUGCAGCAAACAAGGCCCUGAUAGAGGAUAUCAAAUCUGGGCUGGGCGGCGCGGGCAACGGCAGCGCUGGGUUCGAAGAUUUCAAGGAUAAGUCCAGUAAAUGGCGGGCAGGAGAGAUGCUGACUGUGGUGUACUACGCGCAUGUGUGCCGGCUUGGUUUGUCCCAUCUGGUGCCGCGGCUGGCGAUGCUUUGUCCGGAUGUGCCCAAGAGAGAGGAGCUUCAGAAGGUGCAUGCUGCCAGGCAGGCCGCAACUGGGGGGCUGCAAGUGCAAGUGCUUCAAAUGCCUCUACUUGCAUCCAUGGUUGUCCCACCCGCUGCUUAUGCUCCCUCCGCUGCUUUUCCUGCUCUCGCCCCAGCUCCCUCGCGCUUUCAAAAGCAAUCAGGGGCAGGAGGAGCAGCAGGGGGGGGAGGACGAGGGGGAGCGGGAGCGGUGGGAGGCGGUGGGGAGUGGUCAUGCAGUGUGUGUACGCUGAUCAACUCUGCUAAAUCCGUCCGCUGCUCUGUCUGCGGCUCUCUCCCCCCCACCGCUCCCUCUGCACCAUCCCCUCUCCCUUCAUCCGCAGCACCUACACCUCCUCAACCCACUCCCCCUCGCCGCAUCAGCAGCACCACCAGCAUUGCAACCAGCGCAGCGGAAGCAGGCGGGGGAGCAGGGGAAGGGGGUGGCGCGGGGGGAGCGGGGCGGGGCAAGGGCAAGGGGCGGAAGAACAAGGGGGUGACGGUGCGACUGGGUGACGGGUCUGCUGCUGCGUUGUUUGCGCGCCUGGAUGGGACAGAACCUCAGGGAAAUCCCAGUUCCUGGGCUGAUGCCGCUGGUCGGCGUUGA